CAGGUCGUAUCACUAACCGAGCAGUACGCGAAGUUCAUCGACGAGCGUGUGCUAUGGAUCCGCAGCGGCCGGGCGAUGACGCACGAGCAGGUUCUCGACACGGCGGAUGCGUGGCUUCUUAAUCCGACGAAGUGGCUGGAUAUCGGCGCAACACUGGUCCGCGACGUGGUUGCUACCCCGUGGCUCUAUGCGAUCAUCCUCGGUUCGUUUGGCGCCCUCGUGGGACGCGGAGCCAGGCUGCGGCGCGACCUCAAUGAAGCGGGCGACAUCGCCGCGCGCGCCAACUGCCGGACGAUCGAGCCGACGCUGCGCACCAUCGCCCUGACUGUGCUGGUGUCGGCGGCAUGGCCGGGAAUCGUCGCGUUACUCUCGUGGCGGCUGCGAGUAUGCCGCCCCCGCGGUCUAGCCGAAGCGCACUUUGCAUGGCCGACAACGGUCACGCAGUCGCUACGCCGACGCUUGCGAUGGCUCACCGUGUUGGGACUGCCCUUCGCGUUCUUGGCGGCGACACUGCACUCCAGCAAUCCGACGCCGGGGCACGACGCCCUCGAACGCUGCUGUUUCAUCGUCGGCAUGGCGCUGUUGAUGGUGUUCGUUUUUCGACUCUUGUCGACUGGCGGCUUGCUUCGCGAGCACAUCGCAUACCACCAAGGCGGCUGGGUCGACCGGCUGAGCCACCUCUGGCCCUGGCUGGCGGUCGUGCCGCCGCUGACGCUGUUGGGGCUCGCGUUCGCGGGCUACUACUACACGGCACAGAUUCUGGCCUGGCGGCUCUUCGCUUCGGUCUGCUUCUUAGUGGCGUUGUGGCUCGUCCGCGACUUGCUGCUGCGUAUGCUGCUGCUCCGACGCCGGAACCUGAGCAUUGAGCAAGCCCGCCAACGCGCCGCUACCGCCACCGCAGCGGCGGAGGCCGACGGAGGGAGCGCCGCCGUCGUUGCCGGCAUUGUGGCGAGCAAUCAGCAAUCCGAUCUUUCAGCGCACAACCAACAAACGCGGCGGCUGCUGGGCGCCGGCGUCUUCGCGGGCUGUGUGGUCGGGCUCUGGCUGAUCUGGGUCCAAGUCCUGCCGGCGCUCGGCAUGCUCGACAAAUACCCGCUAUGGAGCACCGCCGUAGCCACCGCGCAGCCGGCCGCCGCAACGAGCACCAUGCCAACCGCGGCGGCAAUGGGCACACCGAAAGCCGACGCAAGCGUCGCUGUUGCUGCCGGCAAGAACACGGUGACGCUUUCCGACCUGGGGCUGGCGGUCCUCGUGACGUUCGUCACGUUCGUGCUCUUCCGUAAUGGCCCGGGCCUCCUCGAGAUCGCCCUCUUGCAGAAGCUGCCGCUCGAUGCGUCGGUGCGCUACGCCAUCACGACGCUCGCCAGCUACGCGAUCGUGAUGAUCGGCACGAUCAUGGCGUGCUCGACGAUCGGCCUGCAGUGGUCGCAGAUCCAGUGGCUCGCCACCGCGCUAACCUUUGGUUUGGCGUUCGGCCUACAGGAGAUGUUCGCCAACUUCGUGGCGGGACUCAUCAUCUUGCUCGAGCGACCGAUCCGCGUUGGCGACGUUGUCACCGUCGACGAAAUCACCGGCGUCGUGUCACGGAUCCGCAUCCGUGCGACUUCGAUUACUAACUGGGACCGCAAAGAGUACGUCGUUCCCAACAAGGAGUUCAUCACUGGCCGGCUCUUGAACUGGACGCUCACGGACAAGGUCAACCGCGUCGUGGUCAACGUCGGCGUCGCCUAUGGCACCGACACCAAUCGCGUUCAAGAGCUGCUGCUGACGAUAGCCGCGGAGAAUCCUCUGGUGCUCAAGGACCCCGCGCCGGUGGCGUCGUUCGAAGGGUUCGGCGACAACUCGCUGAACUUCGUCUUGCGGACUUACCUCGCAGCACUGGAUUACCGGCUGCAAGUCACGCACGAACUACACACGGCGAUCAACAACGCGUUCAACGCGGAAGGGAUCGAGAUCGCCUUCCCGCAGCGUGAUUUGCAUAUCCGCACGGCGCCGGAGGUGCUCGCGGUCGCUCUCAACAAGUCGGCGAGCAGUUCAUCGCAGGCGAAGGAAGCCGCUUGA